AGAAAAAAAGAAAAAUAAAAAAGAAGAUGAUCGAGAAUUUGCACAGAGAUCUUAUAUUCAAUUCAUUCGUCUGGAAGAGCGGCGGAAAGUUCUUCAGCGGCGCAUAAGCUUGUGAUCUAAUCAACGAAGGGGUAGAAGAUGGCGUCUUCAACCUUCAGUUCUGUUUCUUGUUUAUUCAAGGAUGAAUUGAAGAUUUUGAAUCUUAAGAAGCGGAAUGAAGGGAAGGUGUUUGUUAAAUGUUCUAUGAGUUCUAAAGCUCAAAAGCCACAGCCGGAAUUUCGCAUUGGUGUUCUUGGAGCCAGUGGCUAUACUGGUUCAGAGAUUGUUAGGCUUCUAGCAAAUCAUCCACACUUUGGCAUUACUCUCAUGACAGCUGAUAGGAAAGCUGGUCAGCCGUUUUCAUCAGUAUUUCCUCAUCUAAUCACACAAGAUCUUCCAGAAUUAGUAGCGAUCAAAGAUGCAGAUUUCUCGGAGGUCGAUGCUAUAUUUUGCUGCUUGCCGCAUGGGACAACGCAGGAAGUUAUUAAAGCCCUUCCCAAGGAAUUAAAGAUUGUUGAUCUUUCAGCUGACUUUCGCUUGCAAGAUCCAUCCGAAUACGAGGAGUGGUAUGGCCAAGCACAUAGAGCAGUGGAUUUGCAGAAAGAGGCCGUUUAUGGUUUGACAGAGAUUCUAAGGGAUGAAGUCAAGGGUGCUCGUCUUGUAGCUAAUCCGGGCUGUUAUCCAACAUCUAUUCAACUUCCUCUUGUGCCACUAAUAAAGGCUAAUCUAAUUCAACUUGGGGGCAUCAUUAUUGAUUCUAAGUCUGGCGUUAGUGGAGCUGGACGUGGUGCCAAAGAGGCAAAUCUAUACGCCGAAAUAGCUGAAGGCAUUUAUUCGUAUGGAAUUACUCGACAUCGUCAUGUUCCUGAAAUUGAGCAGGGAUUGUCUGAAGCGGCAAAAUCGAAAGUAACCGUCAGUUUUACACCCCACCUAAUGCCAAUGAUUCGAGGUAUGCAAUCAACUAUAUAUGUUGAAAUGGCUCCAGGAGUGACAACCGAGGAUUUGCACGAACACUUAAAAGUCUUCUAUAAGGAAGAAGAAUUCGUACGUGUGUUGGAGAAAGGAGUCGUCCCUCGUACUCAUAACGUUCGAGGGUCUAAUUAUUGCCACAUCAAUGUCUUCCCCGAUCGAAUUCAAGGAAGAGCGAUCAUUGUUUCUGUUAUCGAUAAUCUUGUGAAAGGGGCUUCAGGUCAAGCUUUACAGAAUCUCAACGUGAUGAUGGGAUUCCAUGAAUCUACAGGGCUCCUUUACCAGCCACUGUUUCCUUAAUACACUAGUUACAUGACAUGAAGUUGCGACGUUUGUGGAAGCUCCAACCUCCAACUGUAUCAUAAGAGUUAGUUCCCAGAUGAUGGGAAACAAAUUAUGAUGAUCAAGAAUGUCUUCCAAAAUAAGCAGCACUUCUUUUGUUCUUUCUUCUCAAUAAAGAACUGUAAAAGGCUGAGCUAAAUUUUGUUUAAAGAUUUGGUAGCAAAUAUUUGAAGUAAAUUAAGUAUACAUUGUCCUAAAAUUUUGAUGUACUUUCAACUUCGAUUAAUUUUGGUAUAUAUAUCUUUAAAACGUCCA